UGUCAUCUGCAAAUUUUUAUAAGUUCUGUUAAAUGGCCGUUCCCAAGUUGAAAGAAAUAAGACAACACAUCCUUUAAAAAUGUAAUAAAUGUAUAAUUAAAAAUAUAACCCCCUCGUACAUAACAAAAAAACAUUCAGUUUAAUGUGAAAAUAUGUGUGAAAUAAAAACAAUGUUCCGUUUUAAAUAAGAAUUGGUUGAAGAAUUAGUGUCGAUUUCAGUGCACCACAUAAUAAUUCAAUCGUUUCUGUCAGCAACUGUAUUUGUGCUCUAAAAUGGUACCGUCCCCAGAACAACACAAUGAACCAAAAGCACCUGAUAAAAAUGACAUUCAAAAAACAAAAUUGACGGAUUUACAGAAGCAUGAGGCAAGAUUUAAAAAUAUCCCAAAAUCGAACUCUACUGAUUCACAGGAAAAGAAAGUGUCUGCUCUCGAUGAUGGUCAGUUACGCGAUCUUCUAGAAGAAGCAGUUAGCUAUAAAUGUCCUAAAGAUCGACUCGGAAAAAGUCCGUUGUUUAUGGAAUUACUUCAACGAGCUGAAGCCGAUGAACGUAAUCAAAGGGCAACAAAUGCCUCGGGCUCUCAAGUAGUACGACAUUAUAAUACAGCAUAUUCACAAAGAAAUCGAAAUAAACACUCAAAAGAAACCUCAGCAGCUGAACGAAACAGUCACGGGGGCUCAUUACAAAAUCUAUAUCAAGUAAAUGAUCAUACAACAAAUCGUAAAGCACGUAAAAAAUCAUCGUCAGUAAGUGCUAGACAACGUGAAGGUGGUUCGUUACCUUCAUGUAAUAUUGUACCACUGGAUAAAAUUGAUAAAAUCACAUUCGAAAAACCAUCAAAAAUGGAAACUAGUCAUGUACAAGCAGCCCAUGCUUUAUCAACAAAAAAAUCUGAAUAUACCGCUAUUGAUAUUUAUAAUGCUGAACCGGAAGAAACUCAAAGUCUGAUUGCAAAUGAUGUAUUAAACAAUUAUCAUGAAAACGAUGUCGAAAUGAAAGAUCUCAGUAUUGAGAAUGAUACAUCUAUAAACGAAUUAGAUGUAAUACAAACACAAAUCUCACGGAAUAAUAAUAUACAUUACACAACUCGAGCAAGCUUAGAAAUACUUGAUUCUAGAAAAUCGAAUAAUAGUUUAGUUGAUAAUAUUAAAGAUUAUUCAUCUGCAUAUAAAGAAAUUGAUCAACGUAAAAUUACGAAUGGUUUUGAAACGACCCCGAUACAAUUAAGUAGCAAUUAUAAUGCUGUUAAAUCGGUUAUGACUGACGGUCAAACUGAUAUUAGUAGUAUACCAUUUAGUCGAACAAAGAGUACUAAGGAUUUAAUUGUAAAUCAAUCGUCGAGUGUAUUAAAUAUGUCGCAACGAUUAUUCCUAGAUAAUAGUAAAAUUCCUAUGUUUGGUGGUGUUAAAGAUACAAUUGAUAAGAAAACUUUUGAUGAAAAUGGAAAUGCUGUAAAUAUAUCUAGUAAUAACGAAGCACGUAAAAAGAAGAAAACUCAACCAAAAACCGAUCGAAACGUAACAAUCACAAAACCGGAAUUAUUCAAAGGAUUUUGUGGUGAUAAAGAUGUUGAUUCAUUAGUAAAAUUUAUAGAAGCAACGAAUAAUGAUAAACAUCCAAAUAAAAAUAAUAAACAUGUCGUAAAUAAUAUCAACACAAAAACACAUAAAAAUGUAACAAAUUUUAGCAAAGAAAAUGAAAACGAACGGAGUAGUAAAAAACGUUCAACGGAACGUCGCACAAAAGAUAAGUCAGAAAAAUUAAAAAAGUCUAAUUCGUUAGAAGAAAUAUCAAAAACAAAGUUAGAAGAUUUAACAAGUGAAAAGAAUGAUACUAGUAAUGUUUCAUUACGUCAAACGAAAAAACAGGCAACAUUUGAUGAUGAAGUUUUUAUUGACCAUAAAGGUGAUCGACAUUCAUGGGGAACGGAAGAAGGUCAACAAUAUUAUUGUAACGAUAACACCGCAUCAUCAGAUGGUGAUAAAAAACGCCGUGAUAGCAGUAAAUCAGAAAAAUCAGUCAAACCUGACGUAAUUAAUACAAAUACACCAGAUAUUAUGUCCAUCGAUAGUAUUGGGUCAACGGAAGCAUCAGACUUUCAAAUUGUCACGAAGAAAACAAAGAAAAGUAAGAAACGAAGAAGUACGAGUGGUGGUCGCGGUAACUUAUUUAACGAAGAAGGUAGACGAAAUAAUUAUUAUCAACGAGAUAAUAAAAAUAAAUUUCAAGCGCAUGAUCAUUGUGACAGUGACAUGAUAUACUUAAAUAACUUCCAAAACACAUCUCCAGAUCAUCGACGUAAGUCCACAUGUUCAAUGCCACCAUCAGAUAAAAGUAAUGAUUCAAGUGAUUUAGAUUCCGUACAUUCAUUACCCGUUGAAUCCACAUCAAUGAAAAUGUGUUUACAACAAGUGUCUACAUCCAGUGGGGGUACUCCACAAGCCUCGUAUGCUGACAUAGCAAAGAUGGCGAAUGUACACACAUCAAGCACCUAUUCAACAAAUUACAGUAUUGUCGAUAUAAAAAAUGCUGAAAAAUGGCCAACUGUAAGCAAUAAUAACAAUAAUAAAACUCCACCAUCAAGUGGUGGAAAAAUUCAACCAAAUGUGAUGUCUGUAAAAAAUUACAAUUUUCCCGACUUAAUAAUUGAUAAUUGUAGUAAUGAUACAUGCAAUUAUUUUAGUUUAGAUAAUAAAAUAUUUCAAACAGUUACAGAAAUUGAAGAGAAGCAUUUAAGUGAAGCCAAACAUAAUUUUAUAAAAUUAAAGAAUGGUAAAACGGAUGUGUCAUCAACAAAUUGUAGGAUAUUGCAGGAUCAAUAUCCUGCAUUAGAAAAAACAAUUAAAACGGAUGUGAAAAAUAAAAAAAAUAAUUCACAAAAUAGUGACAAAAAUAAUAUAAAUAAUAAAACUAAAUUGAAUAAAAAUAAUAAUAGUUAUAGUGAAGUUCCAACUGCAAAUAAAGGCUGUGAUAUUGAUAAAAAGUUAUCUAAUGCUACUAAUGCUAUAAACGCAACUAGUCAGGAACUAAUAUUACCAAAUUCAAAUAAUAAACAACAACAAAACAAUAAUCCUACAACACCUAGUCAUAAAAAAAGAAAGUCACAUUCAGGGACCACAAACAGUAAUACAAAUCAUAGACCAGCGGUAAUUAUUUUAAACGAUACGGAAAAUAAUUCAAGUGGUAUUACAUUUGGUUUUGAUAUCAAUGAAAAAUUACUGCUUGGUGACACAGACAGUAAUGUUGUGAUGAACGGUGACUGUGAUGGUGGAUUUGAUGUGGAUAAUAAUGAAGUUAUAGUGCCUACGUCUGCUGCAGUGUCGUCUGUCAGUAGUGCCUCGUGUAACAGUAUAGUGACUGUUGUUGAACGUGAACAAUUAUCAUCAACAUCAUCGUCUUCGUCAUCACAAUCAACAACAACGUGCUGUUCGACGGAAGAUUUUACUGCACGGUUUGUUGCACCAACCAAACUCGAAGAUACAAUUAAUUAUAACCACGAUAAAAUAGUUACAUUUGUAGGAUUAGCCUGGGAAGACAUUGUAAAUCAACAAAAUGGUGGCAAGGUACAAUAUUACAGUGGACAAUGAUCAAACCAAUACUUCCGUAAUAAAAUAUAAUUAGCGACACUUUAGUUAAAAAAAACGCUGAUAAAAUAAUAUUAAUAAAAAUAGACUAAAAAA